CUUAACCAUAACCAUUGUCAAGAAGAGUCAUUCAAUCAACUUUCUAACAAUUCUCUGUCCAAGCCCCAUUAAUUUUGAGCCAAGCACCCAAAGAAGACAUACUUACGCGAGACUACUCCGCAGUGACAUUCUUUUUCCGCGGGCCUCGGCGCAGUGUACCAAUCAGGCCAGUUGGAAAUCUGACUCACCAGCCUAAGAACCUCACGCGAUAGGCGAUAACGGUCUGCCGGGGGGGGGGUGCUUGUCAACAAGACAGACCGGUGGGCCUACUCACAAUUGAAUCACAGAAACCACAUGGGAACUCAUUCUGUCAGAGCCAAUUGAUGCAAGUUCAUUAGACUAUAAGAAGCCGGUAUCCUCCUGAGACAACUUUCAUUCUAAAUCAAACCCGGCACCCACCCCGCCUCUCUUCCUCACCACCACCAAAACCAACUCAACAAGAAACAGCAAGAUGUAUCUCCGCGCCAUCCACGCCGAAUCCAGCAUCGCCUACCUCCACCAACUCAUCCGCGACAACCCGCUGGGCAUCUUCACGACCGCCAUCCAAUCCCCGGCCCACCCGCUCCUCCAAACCAGCCACAUCCCUUUCGUCCUCGACGUGCCCGAGUCUCUUCCGCCCGUCACCGAUGCCGCCGCCGCCGCCGAACCCACCACCCACCUCGGCACCCUCCGCGGCCACAUGGCCAAACAGAACCCGCAAGCCAAGGCCCUGAUGGAGGCACUCGCCGCCCACCAAGCCGCCAGCAAUAGCAGCGGGGCCCUCGAGCUCCCCGACGAGGUGCUCGUCCUCUUCAACGGCCCCCACCACCACUACGUGACGCCCAAAUUCUACACCGAGACCAAGCCCGCCACCGGCAAGGUGGUACCAACCUGGAACUACUCGGCCGCCCAGGUGUACGGCAGGGUCCGGGUGUACUGCGACAGCAAAGCCGACGCGACGGGCGCCUACCUGCAGCGGCAGGUGGAGGAUCUGUCGCGCGAGGCGGAGACGCGGAUCAUGGGGUACGAGAAGCCGUGGGCGGUGGCGGAUGCGCCGGUCAAUUAUGUCGAGUUGCUGAAGAAGAAUAUCAUCGGGAUUGAGAUCCGCAUUGAGCGGUUGCAGGGGAAGGUGAAGAUGAGUCAGGAGAUGGGGAAGGGGGAUCGCGAGGGGGUGAUCAGGGGGUUUGAGGCGUUGGGGGGGGAGACUGGGUUGGGGGUCGCGGGGACGGUGAGGGAGAGGGCGGAGUUGAUGGAGUUGAAGAAGAAGGAGAAGGUUGGGGCCAGGGAGGGGGAGGUUUGAUCUGUGCGGGAUGGGCUGUGUAUUGUACAACAGGAGUUAAACUGAUACUGGGAUGCUGAUUUAUGGGAUUCAUUAGGUCUGUGUUGCGAUUUGGUGCCAUAUGUGUAUGGGCUCGAGUAGAUUGUGGAUUCGCUUGGCGAGAUCCUCGUUAUUUGCUGAUGGAGGAAUGUGCAUUAGAGCCUCGCUGUUUUCAAACGUCAGGAGUGCAUGUUCUUUGCGUUAAGUUGGGAAGGUCAGCAUAUGGUUGUUGGAAUCUGAAGCCAAUAUCGUACGUUACGUCUCUUUACUAGCUUGAAAAUAGGUGGGAACAUUCUGGGGGGAUCCCACGGCAGUC